GGCCGCGUGUGCCCGCCCUGGGGCUCGACGUCCAGCCCCUCUCCGCCCCCGGGAGGGACAAAGGGAGGGCAGACGGCCGGGCCCGCCCCCAGCCCCAGCCGCGGCUGCCAGUGAGAGACUGGAGGCACCACCCCGGAGCGGAGAAACCAGUUUGGCCGGUCCCGGGGAGCGGAGGGAAAAGGGCGGCCGCCGAGGACUGGCGCUCGGACGCGGGGCGGGGGAAGGCGGGGAGCCAUUGGCGAGAGGCGAGAGCCGGAGGAGCCGUUGCCAACUGGACACGCUUCCCGGGGCCCCGGGCCAGCCCCGUGCGCCAUGAAGCGCUAGCGCGGCGGCCAGGGCUGGGACCGGGCGGUGGCGGCGACAACGGCCAGGUGCGCAGCGAGCGCGCGGAGGGGCGCGCACCCGACGGAUGUCCCAGCAGGGGCCGGCGAGCGCCAGGUAGUUCCAGUUUGCCAGCAGGAUGAGUUCUGAAAGAGACUCAGAAACGACAUUUGAGGAGGAUUCUCAGCCGAAUGAUGAAGUGGUUCCCUAUAGUGACGAUGAAACAGAAGAUGAGCUCGAAGACCAGGGACCUGCGGUUGAACCAGAACAGAAUCGAGUCAACAGAGAAGCAGAGGAAAACCGGGAGACAUUCCGAAAAGAUUGUACAUGGCAAGUCAAGGCAAAUGAUCGAAGCUUCCAUGAACAGCCUCAAUUUAUGAACACAAAGUUCUUUUGUAUUAAGGAGAGCAAAUAUGCGAGUAACGCAAUUAAAACGUACAAGUAUAAUGCCUUUACCUUUCUACCAAUGAAUUUGUUUGAGCAGUUUAAGAGAGCAGCCAAUUUCUAUUUCCUGGUCCUUCUUAUCUUACAGGCAAUUCCUCAAAUCACGACCCUGGCAUGGUACACCACCCUGGUGCCCUUGCUCCUGGUGCUGGGCAUCACGGCCAUCAAAGACCUGGUGGAUGACGUGGCUCGCCAUAAAAUGGAUAAUGAAAUCAAUAAUAGGACGUGUGAAGUCAUUAAGGAUGGCAGGUUCAAGAUUGCCAAGUGGAAAGAGAUUCAAGUUGGAGACGUCAUUCGGCUGAAAAAGAAUGAUUUUAUUCCCGCCGACACGCUGCUCCUGUCCAGCUCCGAGCCCAACAGCCUCUGCUACGUCGAAACAGCUGAACUGGAUGGAGAAACCAAUCUCAAGUUCAAAAUGGCGCUGGAAAUCACACACCAGUGUCUCCAGAGAGAAAAUUCACUGGCAGCAUUUGAUGGUUUCGUUGAAUGUGAAGAACCUAAUAACCGACUGGAUAAGUUUACAGGAACACUAUUUUGGAGAAACACAAGUUUUCCUUUGGAUGCUGAUAAAAUUUUAUUACGUGGCUGUGUAAUUAGGAACACCGACUUCUGCCAUGGAUUGGUCAUUUUUGCGGGUGCUGACACGAAAAUAAUGAAAAAUAGUGGGAAAACCAGAUUCAAAAGAACUAAAAUUGAUUACUUGAUGAACUACAUGGUUUAUACGAUCUUUGUUGUUCUCAUUCUGCUUUCUGCUGGUCUGGCCAUCGGCCAUGCUUACUGGGAAGCUCAAGUUGGCAAUUAUUCUUGGUACCUCUAUGAUGGAGAAGACUUUACACCCUCCUACCGCGGAUUCCUAAAUUUCUGGGGCUACAUCAUUGUUCUAAACACCAUGGUGCCCAUCUCUCUCUAUGUCAGCGUGGAGGUGAUCCGUCUGGGACAGAGUUACUUCCUAAACUGGGACCUGCAGAUGUACUAUCCUGAGAAGGACACGCCCGCCAAGGCGAGAACCACCACGCUGAAUGAGCAGCUUGGGCAGAUCCAUUACAUCUUCUCUGAUAAGACAGGGACGCUCACGCAAAACAUCAUGACUUUCAAGAAGUGCUGCAUCAACGGGCAAAUAUAUGGAGACCAUCGGGACGCUUCUCAAAACAAUCACAGCAAGACAGAGCAAGUGGAUUUUAGCUGGAACACCUUUGCUGACGGGAAGCUUGCGUUUUACGACCACUAUCUUAUCGAGCAAAUCCAGUCGGGGAAAGAGUCGGAAGUUCGGCAGUUUUUCUUCUUGCUUGCAGUCUGCCACACGGUCAUGGUGGACAGAAUUGAUGGUCAGCUCAACUACCAGGCGGCCUCUCCUGACGAAGGCGCUCUGGUGAGCGCUGCCAGGAACUUUGGAUUUGCCUUUCUCGCCAGGACCCAGAACACGAUCACCAUCAGUGAAUUGGGGACCGAGAGGACCUACAGUGUUCUUGCCAUUUUGGACUUCAACAGUGACCGGAAGCGAAUGUCUAUAAUUGUAAGAACCCCAGAAGGCAACAUCAGGCUUUAUUGCAAAGGCGCUGACACAGUGAUUUAUGAACGGUUACAUCAGAUGAAUCCAACAAAACAAGAGACACAGGAUGCCCUGGAUAUCUUUGCAAGUGAGACUCUUAGAACUCUGUGCCUUUGCUACAAGGAAAUUGAAGAAAAAGAAUUUGAAGAAUGGAAUAAAAAGUUUAUGGCUGCCAGUAUAGCCUCAACCAACCGGGAUGAAGCUCUGGAUAAAGUGUAUGAGGAGAUUGAAAAGGACUUAAUUCUACUGGGAGCCACAGCUAUUGAAGACAAGUUACAGGAUGGAGUCCCAGAAACCAUUUCAAAACUUGCAAAAGCUGACAUCAAGAUCUGGGUGCUCACUGGAGACAAAAAGGAAACUGCUGAAAAUAUAGGAUUUGCUUGUGAACUCCUGACUGAAGACAUGACUAUCUGCUAUGGGGAAGAUAUCAAUGCUCUUCUUCACACAAGGAUGGAAAACCAGAGGAACAGAGGUGGAGUCUAUGCAAAGUUUGUACCCCCCGUGCACGAACCUUUUUUUCCACCUGGUGAAAGUCGUGCUUUAAUAAUCACUGGUUCUUGGUUGAAUGAAAUUCUUCUGGAGAAAAAGACCAAGAGAAGUAAGAUUCUGAAGCUGAAGUUCCCGAGGACGGAAGAAGAAAGACGGAUGCGGACGCAGAGUAAAAGGCGUCUGGAAGCCAGGAAAGAGCAGAGGCAGAAGAACUUUGUAGACCUGGCCUGUGAGUGCAGUGCAGUCAUCUGCUGCCGGGUCACCCCCAAGCAGAAGGCAAUGGUGGUGGACCUGGUGAAGAGGUACAAGAAAGCCAUCACGCUGGCGAUUGGAGACGGGGCCAAUGAUGUAAACAUGAUCAAAACUGCCCACAUUGGUGUUGGGAUAAGUGGACAAGAAGGCAUGCAAGCUGUCAUGUCAAGUGACUACUCCUUUGCCCAGUUCAGAUACUUGCAGAGACUGCUGUUGGUACAUGGCCGGUGGUCUUACAUAAGGAUGUGCAAGUUCCUUCGAUAUUUCUUUUACAAAAACUUCGCAUUUACAUUGGUUCAUUUCUGGUACUCCUUCUUCAAUGGGUACUCUGCACAGACGGCGUACGAGGACUGGUUCAUCACGCUCUACAACGUGCUCUACUCCAGCCUGCCCGUGCUCCUCAUGGGGCUGCUUGACCAGGAUGUGAGUGACAAACUGAGCCUCCGCUUCCCUGGGCUGUACAUAGUAGGACAAAAAGACUUACUUUUCAACUAUAAGAGAUUCUUCGUAAGCUUGGUGCACGGAAUUUUAACAUCGAUGGUCCUCUUCUUCAUACCUCUUGGAGCUUAUCUGCAAACUGUGGGGCAGGAUGGAGAGGCACCUUCAGACUACCAGUCUUUUGCUGUGACGAUUGCUUCUGCUCUUAUAAUAACAGUCAACUUCCAGAUUGGCUUGGAUACUUCUUACUGGACCUUUGUGAAUGCUUUUUCAAUUUUUGGCAGCAUUGCACUUUAUUUUGGCAUCAUGUUUGACUUUCAUAGUGCUGGGAUACAUGUUCUCUUUCCAUCUGCAUUUCAAUUUACAGGUUGGUAUUUUCUUUUUCAAAAGUCCUCUUGUUCAACUGCUUGUGUUCAUUAGGCUUCAGAGGGGAUGUCGUAAUCCAGUCUCGAUCUGGGACAACAGAAUUAGAAACUUAUAUUUCAGUGCAAAUGGUACCGCAUUAUAAAAUUACAAUGAGAUCAUUCCUGCCUGGAAUCUUCAACAUACAUAACCAGAGGUUACUUUUUUUUUUUUUUUUGCCCCAUUGGGUACCUUCUUAACAAAGACCUUUUAUUUAUAAUGGCCACGACAGAAAAAAUCCUGAAUGUUCAUCACCUGGAAGAUAAUGAGCUGCAUGGUUUCAUGUUCUCCUGUUGGUUCAAUCAAGGAAAAUCACUUCACAUUUCAUAAGUACAAGGUUUCAGUCUGCUUCGGUUUACUACCAGGUUAAAAGUGUGCAUCACCUACGUUUACUCUUACUACUGCAUAUUUUAGCCACUUCCUUCCCUCCAUUUUGAAAAGAUGCAUUUAAAUAUUUAUGGACUUUUUUUUUAAGUUCUUAAAAACUAAGGGUAGCCGUGAUAAAUUGUGACUUUGUAACGCUUUCUUUUGAAAAGCAAACUUUGUGCCUGCCUACAUGUGUUUUAAGGGAUUUGAACAGAGACCCCACUUUUUCACUUGUCUUCAGAGAAAAAAAGGCUGUUGGCAGCCACAUUUCUAACAGAGUAUCCUUUAAAACUGAAAAUGAUUUUAAGCAAUUAUGGAAACUAUCCUCAAAGAGGCAAAAGUUAUUUUUCUCGAGGCUUUUCACACACUAGUUUUUCACAUGCUAGUUCCCAUAUUCUAGUGAAGAUACAGAAGUGUUUUCAAUAAUUCUGUUCUUUACCAUUAGGCUGUGAAUGUUCACAAUACCUGUCCUUUUGAAUUCCUAUGAGGAAAUCACAACAUGUAUAUCAUUCAUAUUCUAGGAAUGAUAAAAGAAUGUAUGGCUCUUUAUUCUAUGGAAGUAAAGUUCUGGAAGUUUACAACUCUUGUACAUAAACUGUAAAUUGUUUUUCUUUCUUUCUUUGGUAAAGAAAAGUUUGCUUGUAUUCUUCUCCGUUUUCUCUCCUGUUUUGUGAAUUGUGGGAAAGGUCGACAACGCAAAUGUGUCAAAGACUUACACUGCUGGGUGCAAUAUUAGCAAUUGUAAAAUGCAAAUUGCUUUGGAUAAAUUAUUUCUAUAUUCUGUAAAUCAGAUUUAAUGUAUAUUUUUGUUUAAAAAAUAAAUGCUUUAGUAAAAUCUUUGGAAA